AAAUAUUCUGUGCUAAAUUUAAGUAUAACAUGUGACUGUAAAGAAUGAAACAAUCGAAAAGGAUUAUUUCUUUAUAUUUUUGCGCUACGCAGCACGUUUUUAUACUAGCGGACGCUUAUGUUUAUAUACAUAUGUCUAAGGAUUAAGCAUUAUUGCAUAUUUUUUCUUGUAGUGUUUUGAAACGUUUAGUAUUACACCAUAUCAUCUGUGUACUCCCAAAAGACAUACUUCAGAACUACGAUGUAUGCUGUAAAUCAGUUUGCAAACGUUUCCACGACCCCUGGGCUACAUGUCGCGGAAAGCUCCAGUGACAACGACGUGUUAUCAUCAAGGAAAUCAAACCUGCCCUCACUUACUGAAGAAACCAUAGAUUCAAAAUUUAAAACACCAAUAAUAAGAGAGGUAUCAAAAGAUGAAAUAUUAAAUUACAAGAUAAGGAAAAAUAAAUUUAAAAGAAUUCUGCCAGCUGCUGAACGUGCUCUACUCAACAUUGUGUCAAGAAAUCAAUACAUGGAAACUCGUUUGCACAAAUUGCUCAAGACUCCUGUCAUAUCACUUCGAACACGGGCCGUUUUACGGGAUGGAUCUGGAGCUACAGUGACUCAAACAUUGAAGAGGUUAAUUAACAAAAUGCAAGGAACAGGUGCAAGAAAGAAGAAAGGAAAAACUAAUAAGAUCCAAAGACCAAUGUACAGAGGGCCAUCACAUGGAAGAAACAAAAGAAAAAAGCAGCAAGAAAAAGACUACAGAACCAGUACCAUAUCCACUACAAAUAAUGAAAGUGACAUUACACAUUCUGAGGCUCAGCAGAUAAGCAGAGUUGCAUCAUCUUCUGCCUCCAGCACACAAUUUCUUUGUCAGGAAGACAUACAGCUGCUGGAAAAGGAUUUGGAAGGUAUAAGCUUACCUGAUGAUAUCCUAGACACCAUAGCUCAGCAACCAGUAUCACAAGAUGAUUUGCAAGAAUCUUAAUAUGAGCAAAAAGAAAAAGAAAACUCCAGUAACUAUUGAAUGUCAAGACAAAUUUUGUUCAAUUAGCUCUGACAAUAAAAUGCAGAGAUAAGGAUUUUGCUGCAAGACAUAAA